CUUUAAAACACGGGGAAAGGAAACCGCCCAUCACACACCCAGCACCCCAGCCCAGGAAACUUAUAACCUCGGGAGUCAGGUCCCUCCCCUCACUGUGGUUGCAAACCUCCUGAAGUGCGGACCAGACCAGCAGCCUGCUCUACCAGCCAGGGCAUCUAUCUGCCUCUGUCUCUGGAUACUCCAGAAUCCUCUACUCAAGAGUUACCAAAAAGCCAAGAUGUUGGUCCUACUGGCUGGUCUCUUUGUGGUCCACAUCGCCACUGCCAUUAUGUUGUUUGUCUCCACCAUUGCCAACGUCUGGAUGGUUGCAGAUUACGCAGACCUGUCUGUGGGACUUUGGAAGAACUGUACCAGUGGGAACUGUGACAGCUCUCUGUCCUACGGCAAUCAAGAUGCUAUCAAGGCGGUGCAAGCCUUCAUGAUCCUCUCCAUCAUCUUCUCCAUCAUCUCCCUCGUGGUCUUUGUGUUCCAGCUCUUCACCAUGGAGAAGGGAAACCGGUUCUUCCUCUCAGGGUCCACCAUGCUGGUGUGCUGGCUGUGCAUCCUGAUUGGAGUGUCAAUCUACACUCAUCAUUAUGCCCACAGCGAUGUGAACUUCACCUCCAGCAGCCACCAAGGCUAUUGUUUCAUCCUGACCUGGAUCUGCUUCUGCUUCAGCUUCAUCAUUGGCAUACUCUAUAUGGUCCUGAGGAAGAAAUAAGCCAGAAAAGCUUAAGGGCAUCUGGGGGCGGGGGUGGGCUGGGGAAGAGGAAGCAACCUAACCUGGGAGGGAAGCAGGAGUCACUGUGUAGGAAUAACCGAGAGGGAGGGGGGAGAGGUCCAAACCCAAACCAUGCCUGGGGCGGUGGGAUUCUCUACUGCCAAGCACCCAUCCUUGGAAGAAAGUUGUUGGCUACUAAUGCUGGUGCUUCCUUGACGCCACCAGAGAGUCCUCCUCUAGCCACCACAUGUGGCCCCGUCCAUUCUCAAUUACAUACACUUGGGGCCUCCCCAGCUGCCAUACCACUGGUGCCACUCUUGAGGGUGACAGCUGGGUCACACACACACUGAGGUCUUCCACGUCCAUAUCAUCAAGUUCUGAUGGUGGUUCAAGUCCUAGCAAGAGCAGAUACUGCCUCUAUGCUGAGGCUAAGCCUGGAAGCCACCUUGUCCUUGUGACCUAAAACCAAACAUCAAAUCCAGAUCUCAAAUGCCUGUAGUGGGAGCUUUGGCCGGGAAGCCAAUGUCCAUAUUUGGUGGCCUUUCUAACAAAAGUGUAGAAAGAGAGAUUGGUUUGUAAGGUCAAGCUGAUGGAAUUGGUUUAACCAAGAAAUGGAAGUUUCUACCCCAGAGGAUCUGGGAGACAGGUGGGGAUAGGGAGUGCUCCUCAGUCACAUGUCACUGAGCUGUCCCUCAUGGAGGCCUCCUGUCGUGGACUCUGUUAGACUCUCACUUACAGCCAAGGCAGCUUUUCUGGAUUUUUUUUGUAGAUUCUCUAGAGCCAAAGAUGAAAACGCCCCACAAAAUGUAGGGUCAAAGCGCAUGCCCACCGCAGUGCUAUAGUAAGGUUGUUUUUAGUAUUCCCCCAAAGGGUCAAAGCACAUGCCCACCGCAGUGCUAUAGUAAGGUUGUUUUUAGUACUCCCCCAAAGCACCCAGUGCAUCUUGCAUAUGUAACAGGGGAGAGAUGCAUGUGUCCCUUUGCCAUACAAUUCUGUUAAGCUGCCUCUGAACUAGGAAUGUUUGAGAAAGUCCAAUGAUGACCAACAUAACACUGGGGACCAGAACAUAACAUCUAAAUGCAGUGGUCACUGUAGCUUUGACCUGGGCUGGAGUGGUCUCCUCUCAACAGCUUUCAACAUUCUACUUUCCAGCUAAAGAUGGCAAUGCUGUAAGCCAAUUAAAAUAUACACCAACCUAAACUAAAGAACAAGUCCUGGGGGUGUGGGGGAGGUGCUAUCUGGUUAUGGAGUAUUAAGCAAACCAUAUUUCAUUUAUGUUAAGAAGAGGAUGCCUGCUCUCAGGAAAAAAAUUGUAAUUUUGUGUGAUGAAUAAAGUCCUGGUGAUGGGCAGACAGUUAGGGAAUCCAGACAAAUGGUAGCUAAGUUGUUGGGGCUGCAGGCAUAUUCCAGUAUAAGACUUAGAGGUGUAUAUCUCAGACUUCUGCCUAAGGGGCUUUCUUUUUAGAAAUAGUUUCUUUUAUUUCCCUUAGAAGAUCACCCCCAGGAAGAGUCUAAGAUAUCUUUUCUACAUUUCUUUUCCUAGGAAUAUUCUUAUACAUUUCUUUUGGGAGGGAAUUUUUAUGCUAUAGUUGCUGGUAUUUAUGUAAAGGAACCAUUACUAAGUGUAUUUCUCUAGUGUAUUAUGUUUAAGGGAAUGUUCAAGGUAGGUUAUUGAAUUGCUGGGCUGAUGUUCGAGACACUGGUCAGAAAAGCUAUAAUAAGUUCUUAAAUUAUAAUUUGAUCACUAUACAUUUGUUCUAUGCUGCCUUAUGUUCAUAAGAAUAUCAACAGUCAGCUACAGCCGGAAAAAGAUAGUCACAUUGUAUUAAAAAUUUGAAUUAUGACUGGAGAGAACCAUGCAUUCCCUUGCCUUUUACUUUUUUUUCUGUGACAUUUACAUCUCAUGUAAUUUGCAUUGCAUUGGUGGGUUAUUCUAGUACUGUAUUUGGCUUCUUCAUUAAUAGGAUAUUUCAUAUACUAUAAUUGUAAAUAUUUUGAUACAAAUGUUUAUAACUCUAGGGAUAUAAAAACAAAUUCUGAUUCCCUA